AUGUUCAAGCAAGUGGCGCUGUUGGUGGUGGUGCUGGCGGGGGUAUCCGUGGCUCUUCCCUCUGACCCAUACACCCAACCCUCCUAUAAAGCGGCGCCCAUGCCAUACAACUACGCCUACGGUGUCAAGGACGACUACGCCGGCACUGACUUCGGCCACAACGAGGACUCCGACGGCAGCGCGGUCAAGGGCUCCUACAAUGUUGUCCUGCCCGACGGCCGCAUCCAGACGGUGAGCUACGUGGCUGACCACUACAACGGGUACCAGGCCCAGGUGAGCUACAAGGGCGAGGCCCAGUACCCACAUGAGUACGGUCCACCUGUCACCUUCAAGCCCCAAUACCAAAACUCAUACCAGCCCCAGCCCUCAUACAAGCCUCAGCCCUCAUACAAACCCCAGCCCUCAUAUCAACCAGAGCCCUCAUACCAGCCACAGCCCUCAUAUCAACCAGAGCCUUCAUACAAGCCUCAGCCCUCAUACCAGUCCCAGCCCUCAUAUCAACCAGAGCCCUCAUACCAGCCCCAGCCCUCAUAUCUACCAGAGCCCUCAUACCAGCCCCAGCCCUCAUAUCAACCAGAGCCUUCAUACCAGCCCCAGCCCUCAUACCAGUCCCAGCCCUCAUACCAGCCCCAGCCUUCAUACCAAUAAACGAUGCCGUCUGUCAUCGUUUAUUGUCAACAAUUCCGUGCAAUAUAUUAAUAAAAUUAUGUUUUCAAAUAAACACGGAUAAGAUUUUCACUCCUUACCUUAGAAAAUAAUACCCAAUCAAAAUCUUAUUUUGAAUCUCCAAUAUACAUAUAGUACAAUA